AAUUAAAAUGGAAGAUGAGGAGGUCGCAGAGAGCUGGGAGGAGGCGGCCGACAGCGGGGAAAUAGACAGACGUUUGGAAAAGAAGCUGAAGAUCACACAGAAGGAAAGCAGCAGAAAGUCCAAAUCUCCUCCCAAAGUGCCGAUCGUGAUCCAGGACGACAGCCUUCCCACGGGGCCUCCGCCCCAGAUCCGCAUCCUCAAGCGGCCCACGACCAACGGUGUGCUCAGCAGCCCCCACUCCGCCAGCCGCCCUGCCUUCCCUGUCAAGUCGCUGGCGCAGCGCGAGGCCGAGUACGCCGAGGCCAGGAAACGCAUCCUGGGCAGUGCCAGCCCCGAGGAGGAGCAGGAGAAGCCCAUCCUGGACAGGCCGAGGAUCUCGCAGCCCGAGGACACGAGGCAGCCCAACAAUGUGAUCCGGCAGCCGCUGGGCCCUGAUGGCUCACAGGGCUUCAAGCAGCGCAGAUAGAGGCGGAGGCGCCGUUCUGCCGGCACGGACACACGGACCCGGGCCAGGGGACCUCCCGGGGUGAAUUGCACUGUGACCCUUUUGCUCUGCCCACUGUGACCUUCAGCCCCACGCACUGUGACCUCCCCUCUCCACCCACUGUGAGCGGCGAUCCCAGCAGGGCUGUCCCCACGGCCAGGGGGACACAAGGGGCCGUGCCGGACUUGGCCGGGCACAGGGAGUUGUGCGUGUCCCGCUCGGGUUGGAGUGAGCGCCAGCAAUAACGUCUGUUGUACUCGAAACCUGGCAUUUAAGGAAAGAAAAAAAAAAAAAAAAAAAAAAAGAUGGGAAGCCUCCCCAGCCACCGCGCAUGUUGUCCUCAUCACUUCCAGAACGAGUUCUGUUUCCAAGGAUUUUAAGUUCUUUAUUUGGUUUUCUGUUUGUUUUCUGUUUGCUUUCUGUAUCUUGGAUUGGUGGAGUGCAUGGGAAGGAUUUGAGCCAUUUGUUUGAAUCCAGAGAGGUAGCUGAGUGUUCUGAAGGGAAUUUCAAUGGAUUUCUAUGAAUGUGAUGGCUUGAGGAUGACAAGCUCGUGCUUCUCCCUUUGCAUUUCUACUGCCAUGGAAGCGAACUCCUGGAUACCCCCAGAUACCUCAGAAUGGGACCCAGUUCACAUCUUGCUCCUGUUAAAGCUUGGCUCCGAUUCCCUGCUGGCUUUGAGGAAAAGCUUAAAAUACAUCAUUUUUUGGGUUCUUUUGUAUUUGGGGAGAAGGGAAUGCAGAGUGACCCCAUGAAAAUGCCUGCUGUCUGGCCACGGAGGGCCAGGCGGUGAAGAAUUCAGGAGAUGAGGAGGAGAGGCUCCGGCCAUGACGUCGGGCAGUGGGAUAUCCCGAGAGUCUGGCCCUGGCGGUGCAGGGACGGUACGAGCUCUCCCUUAGUGGCAGAACCGGGAUCCAGACCAGCCCUGGAGAAAGCCUGCAUGAUCUCUCCGUCUCCCUGGAGGCAGCGAGGCUUCAGGGAAGGGAUUGUCCUGCUCUGGCUUCCGCAAGGAGGAUGGGGAGGCUGCUGCUCCCCGGGAAUGGAGAUGUUCCCCCCUGGAUGAAGCUGAGGAUCACUCGAUAUCAAGGGAUUGGAUGAACACUAAAUGCUCUUCCUGGAGGGGCCAGGACCUGGAAAUCCAGGUGGUUCCUGAUGGAUUCCUGCUUGGGUGCUGCCUUCAGUAGGUCUGAGGGGGAACAAGCCAAUCUUGAUGUGCACGAAAAGCCUUGUGUGGAAAUGAGGCUGAAAUCCCACAGAAACGGAAAAAUAGAAACUACCUGUGUAUCCAAGUCAUCCGCCGGAACCUUAAUGAGCUCCUCGCAGCUGGUUCUGGGUGGGGUGGGAUUCCCCCUAGAAUUCUGCUGACUUUUGGGGGAUCUCACUCAUCCCUCUCAGGCUGGGGGCCGGGAUGAGCUCCAGAAGGGGGCGGGAGGGAGAAGGACGUCAGCAAUAACCGUAGUCACUGCGCCUUUCCUUAAUUAUUCCUAAAAAUAGCAUCGAAUAGCCAAAAACCUCCCAAAUCCACCGGAUUUCUGAUGCGGCUGGUCGGCGUCACAUUGCUGCCUCCUCCGUGUCUGGCACCGAAAUUCCACCUCCGGCACCAAAAUCCCCUCUUCCAGCACUGAAAUCCCCUUCUCUCGGCUGCCCUUUCCUGCUGCGUCCCGGUGCCGGGACGCGGUGCCCAGUACACGGUGCCCAGGACACGUCCCGCCCGCGGGCAGGGCUCGGCGGCGUUCCUGUGGGAAGCGCCUUCAUCCCGAGGAGGGGGAGCAUGGACGCGGUACCGCGUGUUUCCGCCCCCCAAAAAAACGUGCGCCGGAAAGAAAACGUUUUAUAAAUCGUAUUUUAAAUAAAUGUCUUUAAACUUUU